AUGGAGGCCAUCAAGAAGAAGAUGCAGAUGCUGAAGCUGGACAAGGAGAACGCCAUCGACCGGGCGGAGCAGGCGGAGGGAGACAAGAAGGGAGCGGAGGACAAGUGCAAACAGCUGGAGGAGGAGCUCCUGGGUCUGCAGAAGAAGCUGAAGGGCGUCGAGGAUGAGCUGGACAAAUACUCUGAGUCGCUGAAGGACGCCCAGGAGAAGCUGGAGCAGGCGGAGAAGAAGGCAGCAGACGCGGAGGCGGAGGUGGCGUCUCUCAACAGACGCAUCCAGCUGGUGGAGGAGGAGCUGGACCGAGCUCAGGAGCGCCUGGCCACCGCCCUGCAGAAGCUGGAGGAGGCGGAGAAAGCUGCAGACGAGAGCGAGAGAGGAAUGAAGGUCAUCGAGAACCGAGCGUCCAAGGACGAGGAGAAGAUGGAGAUCCAGGAGAUGCAGCUGAAGGAGGCCAAGCACAUCGCGGAGGAGGCGGACACUGAACGUCCGCAGGUGGCGAGGAAGCUGGUGAUCCUGGAGGGCGACCUGGAGCGCUCUGAGGAGCGGGCGGAGGUCGCUGAGGCACGAGUGAGGGAGCUGGAGGAGGAGCUCCGCCUAAUGGACCAGAACAUGAAGUCCAUGAUGUGCGGAGAGGACGAGUACUCGCAAAAGGAGGAUAAAUACGAAGAGGAAGUCAAAGUUCUUUCUGACAAACUGAAAGAGGCUGAGACUCGUGCAGAGUUUGCAGAGAGAUCUGUGGCCAAGCUGGAGAAGACCAUCGACGACCUGGAAGAUGAAGUGUACGCUCAGAAGCUGAAGGGGAAAGCUCUCAGUGAGGAGCUGGACUUGGCCCUGAACGAUAUGACCACACUCUAGACGCUCUGCUCUUGCUUCCUGUCUGAACUGGUGUCCGCUGCUCGCUGUUGUUCUGGUCCAUCGAGAAGGUUCUAGAGAAGGUUCUAGAGAAGGUUCUAGAGAAGAAGAACCCCGGGCCCGUCCGUGCCUGUGUGCUGCUCUGAACAGAGGGUUGAGUCUCUGUUGUGUGUCUGUUGGUGGACGUUGUGUCUUUUCUCAAAUGUUUCCCUCCCUCUGUAAUAAACAGAUUCAAGCUCU